GGCGCAAGCUGUCGCCUAUUUAAUGGAUGAAGUAAUUUGUCACUCGAGUAUCUAUGUAUCAAAUUAAAAAAAAAAAAACAGUUUCUAGGGGGCGAAACACACCGCCCAAAUAAAACAAAGUUUUGUCAUAUUUAUCUAUUCAUCGACGUCCUAACUUUUUUUCAGUCGCUUUUACAUCCAUCCAAUCAUACACUCUCGAAAGCUCGAAAAGGGCGCCCGUUGUCGGAUAAACAAGGCACGUGAACGAGGCAUCAAAACCGGCAUGUCGCGUUCAUCGGUACCGCCAGUACCGCCCCUUUAACCCCAGUUAAAGACAGAAACCCCUCAUCGAAAGCGUCGCGGGACCGCCACCACAAGCCCACCAUGGUCCUCCCACUCCAACGGCUGCCACCGGCGCCGACCGCCGUCAACCAGACCACGCUGCACCCGCAGCACGCCAGAGAAGCCCUCGAAUCCGCCGUCAAAACGGUCGAAAGUGCCCUGCAAUCGGACAGUUCCUACCCGCAGCUCGUCGAACUCUUCAUGACGUACGGGUCGCUGCCGAGCGAGAGUGGUCUCCACGACCUCGACUACCCGGCGGACCCCCUGGGCGCCGCGGCCGCCGCGCCCGCGGCGCCCGUGCGAAGGAUCCCGCUCCCCGCCGAACUCACCGAGCAACUGUCGCACAUGCAAACGUGCUGUCAGAUGGGCCUCUUUCCCGAGAUCGGACGAGCCUGGCUGUCCGUCGACAGCGAUUUGUUCGUCUGGAGGUACGAGACCGGUGAAGACCUCGCCUACUUCGACGGUCUCAGCGAGACGAUCCUCAGCGCCGCGUUGGUGCGACCGCGACCCGGCGUCUUCAGAAGCCACAUCCACUCGCUGCUGUGCCUCGCGACGCCGGUGGAAGUCGUGCUGCUCGGCGUUUCGUUGCAGGGCAAGGCCGGCGAGGAACUGACGCUCGUUCCCGAGCCCUUGUUUACGGUGUCGUCGGACGGUACGGCGAUGGUGUGCAUCGCCGGUUCGGCGACGGGUCGGAUCUUCCUCGGAGGUCGCGACGGCUGCCUGUACGAAGUGAGCUACUCGGCCGGGGACGGCUGGUUCGGGAGGCGCUGUCGCAAGCUCAACCACUCGAGUUCGGCGCUGUCGUUCCUCGUGCCCGCCUUCCUGAGCUACCCAUUUUUCUCCGAAGAGGAUCCGCUCGUUCAGGUGGUGGUGGACGACUCUCGACAGGUGCUGUACACGCGGUCGGAGCGUGGCUCGCUGCAGGUGUUCGACCUGGGCUGGCCGAGGGGUGACCAGACCAGCCGGGUCAUCUCCGUGUCCCAGGCCACGCUGGUGCAGCUGGCGCAAGCAGCUGCACGCACGGUGGAUGUGGCGAACUUCCGGCCGCUCGUCCACAUCGAGGCGGUGACUAUGAUGGAGUCGCUCCACGUGCACCUCGUGGCAGUCACCCAGGCCGGGGUCCGACUCUACUUCACCACCUCGUCGUCGCAGAGCCCCGAGGCGCGGCCCUCCACCCUUGCCCUGGUGCACGUCCGUCUGCCGCCAGGGUUCUCGUCGCACGCCCCCCUGCAGCGCCUGAGCCCCGUGCGCGCCGCACUCUGCCGCCGCGGCACCGCUGUCUUUGUCGCGGGUCACUCGGACGACCGUGACGUGCUCUGGACGCUCUCCGGCGACGCCUUCCCCUUCCAGCCGCGCCUUAUGGAGACCUCGACUCUGAUGCCCCUGGAUGGCACCACCUGCUGCCUUGCGGAGGCCACGUCGGACGCCGCUCCGAAACCGCUCUGCGCCGUCAACAUCCAGGGCAGCGGUGUCGCUCCGUCGGAGCCUCCCGUUGUCGUGACGCAGCACGCGGAGCGCCCGCGCAAGUUCGUGCUCCUCUCUUCCUCUGGCUGCAGCGUCGUCGAGAAGCCACGUCCUGUUGACCUCCUCCGUGGACUUCUCCGCGAAGGGGCCAACACCGAAGCAGUGCGCUCGUUCUUCACACUCCACGGCGAGGCCCAGGCGAGCGCCACGUGCCUCAUCCUCGCGUGCGGACCAGGCGACACGGCGAUCGCAGAGCGCGCAACACAGGCGCUGUUUCUUCACGGCGGAGAGCCAAAAGCGUCUUGCGUCGAACAGCAGCAGCCGGCCGGCCAGCCUCUUCAGCUGCAGCAGCAGCAGCCAUUGCACCAAACGAGUGCGUUUGGCGGCUUCGGCGGCUCGCAGAUCUGGGCAAGCACGCCUUACCCGACGGCACACGUGCCGCAGGGUCCGCCGCGGGGCUUCUCGCCGCUGAGCCCCGUUGGACUGCCGCCGAACAUGAACAUGUCGCAGCAGCUGGCGUGGCGGCAGGCACAGCCGCCGCCGGGCGGAUCGCCCGCGCCAGCCGUCGCACCAGUUGCAGACGUAGUAUUCUCGGGGCGCCACGACGGAUGCUACCUUUACUUCUCGCGCCUCGUCCGCCCGCUCUGGUCCCUAAAUCUUGUGACGACCGCCGCAAACCAGCCGGACGUGCUGAUGAGCUCCGUCUGCGGAGAAGACCUCUUCAACUACCUCGGCGCCCUCAAUGGCUUGAAGACAUUCCUCGAGCGCACGACUGACUUAGCUGGCGCACAUGUCGCUGACAACCGGAACGCGAUGCUCGGUGGCGCUGCGGCCCGCAGUGCACUCUCAGCAGAAGGCGCGCAGCUCGCGGAACAAGCGCGGAAGAAGGCGCAGUUCGAGGCCGCAUCACGCGAACGUGCCUCCUUGGCGCAUCUCGCCCGCCUCGUUUCCCACACCGUCGAAGUCCUCGGCCUGUGGAAGGUCCUUUGCGACCACCAAUUCCGCACGGUGUCUUCGACACUCCCGCCGGAGCUCCGCGACCAGCUCCGCGGCGCAACGCUGCGGGAACUGCUCCUCUCGGACCGCCAGCUGACCUCCGCGCUCGCCGGGUCGCUGGUGCGCAGCUACCUGGAUGACAACGCCACGACAGAGGCGGUGUCCAACCGGCUGCGCGACGUCUGCCCGUCCCUGUACCGCUCCGAGGACGCGCUCUUCACCAGGGCCCAGGAGAUCCUCCUGGCCGCGAGGACGGAGCGGAGUCCGGCGGACCGACAGCGGAUGCUCUCGGAGGCGCUGGAGCUCUGCAAGAGAGUGGGGCCCCAGCUGCACCUUCCGACGGCAUGCGGACUGCUCAAAGCGUGCGGCCACUAUGCGGGCGCCGUGGACCUCUGCCUGUCGGUGGCCAAGCGCUGCGAUCCGCAAGACCUGGCGUCGCACUUCUACCGGAGGGGUGAGCCAGCGGACGACGAGCGCGGCCGGCGGGUGUUUGCAGCGAGAGCGGAGUGCUACAGGGCUAUCCUGGAACUCUUGUCGGAGCUGAGGCAUCCGCAGCAGCCCUCGGCCGACGCCACACGGUCAGACGUCGAUGCGACCACCCUGUACGAGCGGACCCUGUCGUUGGCUCUGCAGUCGGACGACGAGCUGUUCCACUCGGCGCUGUACAACUGGCUGUGUGACAGCCACCAGACAGACAUGCUGCUGGACAUCCGCAGCCCGUUCCUCGAGGGCUACCUCCAACGGCGCGCCGCGGCCCAUCCGGACGCCGUGACGGGGGCGGAUCUUCUGCGGAAGUACCACGAGCGCUCGGGCAAUUUCACGGCAGCCGCGCGCAUCUCGGCCAAGCUCGCAGAUCGCCACGGUCCGGACCUGUCCCUUCUUCAGCGGCUGGAGUACCUCUCCAGGGCCAUCGUCUGCAUGAAGAGCUCGGAGCCACGCUCGUCCGGUGGGGCGCGGGAGGGUGACUUCUUGCACCAGCUGGAAGAGAAGCUGGACAUCGCGAGGCUACAGGUGAGGGUCCAGGAGGCCCUCAAGCGCCGCAGCGACCUCCCGGGGGCCGGCGAGUCCGCGGCGCGUCUGGACACAGAGCUGUUCGACGUGACGCGGCUGUAUGGAGACUUCGCCGAGCCGUUCGACCUCGCGGAGUGCAAGCUGGCCAUCGUGCGGACGUCGGGCUACGACAACCCAAUGCUCGUGGAGAACCUCUGGCGCAGCGUCCUGGAGAGGGAGUUCCGAGAGAGCGGCGGGCGGGUGGCCCCGCUGUCCAGGAGGCUGACGGAGCUGGCGCGCGAGUACGCCACCGCGGAGAAGUUCUUUCCACUGCCGUUUGUGGUCAAGUUCCUGGAGCUGCGCGGAUGUCACACCGACCUAAACCCGGGGUGGCCACUAGAGCCGCUUCUGGAAGCCGGCGUCUCGUUGGGAAGGCUGCGAGACGCAUACCACGGGCUGUACCGCGGCAAGGACCCGGACUGGUUCGGCAGGCCGCUGCAUCUUCUCAAAGCGAUCGCGUAUCUCGUCCGCGUACUACUCGAGCGGAGGUUGAGGCACAUAGACGGCGGGCCAGAGGAACUGAGGCGCCUCGCAAAUAGGUGCCUCGACGACAUCGCGGGGUACGUGGUAGACCUGCAGUCUAUGGGCAGGGACGCCGAGGUGGUCGCAUUAAUGGACACUUUCAAGGGACUGCAGGCAAGCCUAGAGCAGUUCUUGACUGGGUGAAGCUCCGCGAGUCACGUUUGGGGCAUCUUUGGUGGCCUGUUAUCUCGUUACAUCUUUUUUUCUCAAUUCGUCUAUAUAGCAUUUUAUUUUCGUUUUUAGUUGUUGCGGACGACCGAAGGUGGAAGUGUGUUCCGAGUUGCGAUUGUGGAUUAAUAAAUGCAUUGUGACUGAUUGUAUACAUACGUAUUCACACAA